GUAAAAAAAAGUCUAAAUUAUUGUCUCGCUUAUUUCUCCUACAUCUAAGAACUGCAACAACAAAGAAGGAUUUGUUCAAUUUUUGAACUUCUCCGUUUUUCGUCGCUGGCUGCUUUCUCAAUUACUUCACAUCAGCAAUUAUUACGUACAUUCGAUUAAUUGCUCCGAGAAUGUUCGGCGGGACUGAUAAGGAGGUGCAUCUCGAGCGGCUGUCGAAAGCUGCCUUUACGCCGAUCAGCGAGGCGCACCGCUUCGCGCUCCUGCUGAUCGGUGUUUUCGGCAUGAUAUGCGGGUCUUUCGGCGGCUACACAUUCAACCUUGUGUCGGGGUCAUUUCAAGAAAGGUACUCGCUCUCGCAGCGUGAUUUGAGCGCCAUCACAACCUGCGGCAGCGUGGUCGGCUACGUCAUGCUUCCGUACUCAUUCGUUUAUGACUACCUCGGACCGCUUCCCAUCGCCAUUCUGUCCAUCUUCAUUUUCCCACUUGGUGCGCUGCUGGUGGCGUUGUGCUUCCAAGGCGUGAUUGUUGGGACUGUGGUGAGACUGUGCGUGUUUUACUCAUUCAUGUGUCUCGGUACGUCGUUCUUUGAUCUUUCCAGCUGCAUGACGAUUUUGAGCCACUUUCCGGUGAAUCGCGGCGCUGUGGUUGCGCUUUUGAAGACUUUUAUUGGACUCGGCGCGGCAAUCGUGGGGUGCAUGUACCAGGGCUACUUUGGCGGCGCAGUCGAGCACUUUUUCUACUUCCUCAUGAUCUUGGCCGUCGUUGUCGGCGUUUUCGGAGCCAUCUUUCUCCGUCUGCCAGCCUACCACAUGACCGGCUACCAGGAGUCGCAUCUUUCGGAGGAGGAGAAGGCACGCCGGCUGGCCACCAAGGCGCAGUACCUGAAGCAAAAGCCGCCCAUGUGGCGCUUCUACUACGGAUUCGCCCUCAUGAUUGUUCUCAUCAUCUUCUUACCAGUCACGUCGGCUCUCGCCGAUUAUCUGAAACUGGGUAUUGAGAAGAAGCGUGCCUUUGCCAUUGUCGUCACUAUUCUGACAGCGGGCUUCUUUGUGAUCGCUUUUCCAGUGGAAGUGAUCUAUCGCCGGCGCCCCGCCACAUCGAACGCGGAUCAGUUCGACGCAAUCGACGGAGUCCCGGCUGCUUCGCAGACCAGCUCCAACAAUGAAGUCGAAAAGCCGCUUCCGGUGGCUACUGUGGCAAUGGAGGAAGAGGAGAGGGACACCGAAGUGGACUACAUCGCGCCACAGUAUCAGACGUCGUUUCUCCGCAACCUCCUCUCCGUGAACCUCUGGGCGCUGUGGUGGACCACGUUUUGCAUUGUCGGAACGGAAGGCGUGAUUAUGAAUAACGCGAGCUUUCUCUUCGGCGCAUUGGCGGGCGAAAAGGUGUCCGACGAGACCCGUACCCUUUUGACCGUGCUCAACGGCGUGGGCAGCGCCGCAGGUCGUCUGCUGAUGUCGUACUUCGAGGCCUGGUCACAGAAACGCCCUGCCGAGAAGCGCAUCCCUAUUACGGUUGCGUUGUUCUUUCCUACCACUUCCAUCAUCAUUACGAUCAUCUUGCUCCUCACCCUGCCGCAGCGCGUGCUCCCACUCCCGUACGUCAUUGCAGCACUCGGUAACGGUUUCUUGGCAGCGUCGACGAUUCUCGUCACGCGUACCAUCUACGCAAGAGACCCCGCGAAGCACUAUCACUUCUGCUUCCUCGCCACAGCAGUGUCGUCUAUUGCGUUGAACCGCUUUCUGUACGGCGAGUGGUACACGGUGCAGGCAGAGAAGUUUGGCAAGUCUCUGCUCUGCACGCACCGCAAGUGCGUACAGAUGCCGCUCUUGGUGAUGCUCGGCCUCGCCUGCAGCGCUUUCAUCUCGAACGUGGUGGUUCACUUCACCUACCGCCGUUAUUGCUUGCGCGUCCUGGCGGAGCGUCGUCGCGUCCGCGGUGAGAAUACCGACCGCUCCGAUCCUCUCUCCGAUGGCUUGCAAGAGCCGACUGUUUAA